ACUGUGUGGUAGAAAGAUGCCGCAGAUGGACGAGAGCCAGCAGAUAAUGGUGGCAGGACAAUCCUAGAUACACGUUUGUCGCUGUGCCGCUGUGUCUUUGCAGCAGCAGACACCCACACACGCAGCCCGGGCGGCAGGGCCGGGGCGGCCCCCCCGCUCCGGCCCCGGGCCGUUGUUUUUUCUCCCCCGCAGCCGGCUGGGCCUGCCUCUUUUUUUUUUUUUCCACCCUCCUGUCGUGGCCGGGGUGUCCCCUGCUCUGAGGAAGGUCAAGAGACCGUUCCACGUCGUGGUGUGUUGCUCUUCCUGAGACAUUGGCGGCUGCGGGACAGCUCUGGGGAGGAUUCGUCAGGGAAACCGGCACUCCGUCACCGUCACCGCCACCGCCACCGCAAUGUCCGCGAUCGAUACCCGUCCCCUGCCCUUCCACUACCAGUUCCUCGCCGGCGCCGUCGCAGGCAUAUCGGAGAUCCUGACCAUGUACCCGUUGGACGUGGUGAAAACAAGAAUCCAGCUCCAGGUGGGCUCCGGGACCGCCGCAGAGUACUCCGGAGUGGUCGACUGCUUCACGAAGAUCAUCAAGAACGAAGGCCCGGCCACGCUGUACCGGGGGAUCUCGGCUCCCAUCUUGAUGGAGGCCCCGAAGCGGGCCACCAAGUUCGCCGCCAACGACUCGUGGGGCGCGUUCUGGAAGAAGACGUUUGGCGUCGACAAGCUCAACCAGAGCCUGGCGAUCCUCAACGGGGCGUGCGCAGGAGCCACGGAAUCGUUCAUCGUGGUGCCGUUCGAGUUGAUCAAGAUCCGGCUGCAGGACAAGUCCAAGGCCAGCGUCUACAACGGCCCCGUGGACGUGCUGGUCAAGACCGUCAAGAGCGAGGGCCUCCUCGCGCUGUACAACGGCCUUGAGGCCACCCUGUGGAGACACAUCAUCUGGAACGCAGGCUACUUUGGCGUCAUCUUCCAGAUCCGCGAUCUCCUCCCAGAGGCCCAGGACAACAAGCAGAAGACCUUCAACGACCUCAUCAGCGGUAUGCUUGGCGGUAUCGUCGGUACCGCCCUGAACACGCCCUUCGACGUCGUCAAGUCCCGGAUCCAGAGCGCAAGCAAGGUCGAGGGCCAGGCCAGAAAGUACAACUGGGCGUGGCCCUCCCUGGGCAUCGUCUUCCGGGAAGAGGGCUUCAGCGCGCUCUACAAGGGCUUCCUGCCAAAGGUGCUCAGACUUGGCCCGGGAGGAGGUAUCUUGUUGGUCGUCUACACCAACUGCAUGGACUAUUUCAGAAAGUCCUACUACAAUGACGCCGGCGCCAAGGCCUGAGGCCCCCUACGCACUCUGUGUAGCCAGCCUGGCAUACACCCCCGCCACGAGGAUGAAAAAGACCCGUUUGUCUGUUUAUACUCUCUCUCUUGUUACUCUAUAGAUCCGUUAUAAUACACACAC